GCAUUUCAUUACAUAAAAGCCCAAACGACGAGUCUUUAAGAAGAAUUUGGGUUAAAUUUGUUGAGACGAAGCGCGCAAACUUUAAUCCGAGUUCGCGCGAAAUUCGAUUUAUGAUUUGUUCGAAUCACUUCUCGGAUGAUUGUUUUGAGCGUUUUUUCCAUUUGGGUGGUAUGACUAGACGGCUCAAACCUGGUGCCGUACCUACUAUUUGGAAGAAAUCGCCAACACCAACAACUUCAAGAGAGCGGCGUCAGGUUAGCACAAGUUACAACUAUUAUAUACUUACACAUAUUGCAGAUGAUAAAUUUUCACAAUUUGAGAGAACCAAUAAUACAUCCAGGCAAACUUUCAAUAUAUAAUAUACAUUUAUACUAAGGUUUUAAAGGAAAUACAAAAUGAAGUGUCUGUAUCAUGCAUGAAGAAAGAAGAUUCGUGCUAUUUUCAAGAAGAAAAAAGGCACAACUGAAAUUCCAGACCAAUCUGAGAAUGAUGCAUACGUAAAGCCAACAAUUGCUCUUCACACAUACGUGCACUUCGUAAAACAACUAUUCCUCAAUAUUCUUACAGGACCAACAGAUCACGCCCGAUGCACCUAAUUACACGGAAAACAAAGAAAAUGAACCGUUGCAAGAAAAAAGAUAGUGAAUUAAAGAUGUUGCAUGGAGAACUUACAAAACUGCACACGAAAUUAGCUAUCAAUCAAACGCAAUGGAUACGGACGACUAAUUUAAUAUCAAGAGAAACUGUAACCGAUGAGAGAACUGACCCCAAUAAAAAGAAUCCUACGACAGAACAUGUUCAUUUACAAGAUGCAAACGAAGACCAGAUUUCUGAAGAACUUAUGGAGGAUAUGGACACAUAUAUGUGUGAUAGUGAAGAAACGAAACAGAAAGAUCCAUACAAUACAGACCCUCUCUGGGAGCCUGAGCAGUGUAACAAGUUUUGUGAUAAUUUCUGCAUUUACAGUAAUGUUUCUUUCAUUAUCAGAGUAAAUGAAGGAACAAACAAAAGAGAUGAGCCAAAGGGAAUUGUUUUCCUUUCUCAGCUACUUUUGCUUUUUCAACACUGUCAUCAUUGCUUUCACCCCAACCCAAAAGUGAAAACAAGUUGUUGUGGCACUCUGUUGAUUAUUGAAAGUCAGUGCAGUAACUGUAAAGAAAGCUUUACCUGGAAAAGUCAACCAUAUCUUUUUGGAAAGUUUCCAGCUGGCAAUAUUUUGCUUAGUUUUGCUAUUUUGUGUGCAGGUGCUUCAGUAAAAAAGGUACUUCAAGUGUUCAAGAACAUGGGGUUGAUCAGCUACAGUGAAGUCGCAUAUUAUUAUCACCAGAGACACUUUCUGUUUCCUUCCAUUGUUUUAUAUUGGCGUAAUUAUCAAAAAAAGAUAUUGGAAUCUCUAGAAGGAAAAGAAGUUGUAUUGUCAGGAGAUGGGCGGCAUGACAGUAUGGGUCAUUCAGCAAAGUAUGGCACAUACACAAUAUUUUGCUGCACAAUUGGAUUAAUCAUUCAUUUGGUUGUUGUACAGGCAAACCAAGCAGGGAGUAGUUCAGCUAUGGAGGCUCUUGGUCACCAAAAGGCCAUGUCAUUUCUCCUUACAACUGGCCUAAUAAUAACAACAUUCGUAUCAGAUCGACAUGCCACCAUAGCCAAAUGGAUGAGGGAAACAUGUCCAAAACUGUGCAAAGAAUUGGGGAAACCAGUCAUCCAGCAUUUCUAUGACCUGUGGCACAUUGGAAAAAAGAUUCAGAAGAUCAUGAUUACAUUGGCAAAAGAAAAAGACUGCCAAAUCCUAGGAAGAUGGAGAAAAGCAUGCGUACGACAUUUCUAUUGGGCUGCUACAUCUACUUUAUCUGGAAUUGGAGAAGUUAAAUGGGCCAAAUUUGAAUCUUUUUUCUAUCAAUUUUUGAAUAAAAACGAAGACUUUCCAAAUACGAUUUACAGCAGAUGCAGUCACAGUGAUGUCCUAAAGCAAAGAGUGUGGUUAACAAAGGGUACAAUAUUUUGA